GUGGCAUUGCCCUGCGGACACACGAACAGCUCCCUGGGAGACACAGCUGGAGAACGAUGAGCCGCGCCUCUGGCUUUUUCUCCUCCUCCUGUUCAUUUUCUUGAAAAGGCUCCAGGCUUCGGCUUGGAAAAUCCAACCGCCAAAAUUGAGCCCAGCAGCUGGAGCGGCAGUGAGAGCCCUGCCGAAAACAUGGAAAGAAUGAGCGACUCUGCGGAUAAGCCAAUUGACAAUGAUGCAGAAGGGGUCUGGAGCCCCGACAUUGAGCAGAGCUUUCAGGAAGCCUUGGCUAUCUACCCACCAUGCGGGAGGAGGAAAAUCAUCUUAUCAGACGAAGGCAAGAUGUAUGGUAGGAAUGAAUUGAUAGCCAGAUACAUCAAACUCAGGACAGGCAAGACGAGGACCAGAAAACAGGUGUCUAGUCAUAUACAGGUCUUAGCAAGAAAGAAAGUUCGAGAAAUUCAAGCCGCCAUUAAGGUGUCUAGUCACAUUCAGGUUCUUGCCAGAAGGAAAUCUCGUGAUUUUCAUUCCAAGCUAAAGGUAACAAGCAUGGAUCAGACGGCCAAGGAUAAGGCCCUGCAGCACAUGGCCGCCAUGUCGUCGGCACAGAUCGUCUCGGCCACCGCCAUUCACAACAAGCUGGGGCUGCCUGGGAUUCCACGCCCCGCCUUCCCGGGGGCGCCGGGGUUCUGGCCAGGAAUGAUACAAACAGGGCAGCCAGGAUCCUCACAAGACGUCAAGCCCUUCGUGCAACAGGCCUACCCCAUCCAGCCCGCGGUCACAGCCCCCAUUCCAGGGUUCGAGCCUGCGUCAGCCCCAGCCCCCUCGGUCCCUGCCUGGCAGGGCCGCUCGAUUGGCACAACCAAACUUCGCCUGGUGGAAUUCUCAGCCUUCCUUGAACAGCAGCGAGACCCAGACUCGUACAACAAACACCUCUUCGUGCACAUUGGGCAUGCCAACCAUUCUUACAGUGACCCAUUGCUCGAAUCAGUGGACAUUCGUCAGAUUUAUGACAAAUUUCCUGAAAAGAAAGGUGGCUUAAAGGAACUGUUUGGAAAAGGCCCUCAAAAUGCCUUCUUCCUCGUAAAAUUCUGGGCCGACCUAAACUGCAGUAUUCAGGACGAUGCCGGGGCUUUUUACGGUGUAACCAGUCAGUAUGAGAGUUCUGAAAAUAUGACAGUCACCUGUUCCACCAAAGUGUGCUCAUUUGGGAAGCAAGUAGUAGAAAAAGUAGAGACGGAGUACGCAAGGUUCGAGAACGGCCGAUUUGUGUACCGAAUAAACCGCUCCCCGAUGUGUGAAUAUAUGAUAAACUUCAUCCACAAGCUCAAACACUUACCAGAGAAAUAUAUGAUGAACAGUGUUUUGGAAAACUUCACAAUUUUAUUGGUGGUAACAAACAGGGAUACACAAGAAACUCUCCUCUGCAUGGCCUGUGUAUUUGAAGUUUCAAAUAGUGAACAUGGAGCACAACAUCAUAUUUACAGGCUUGUAAAGGACUGAACAUGGUUAUUUAUAUAUAUAGAUAUCUGUAUAUACACACACACACACACACACACACCCAUGUGCGCACACACACACUCUCUCCAUUAUUGAAUGACUGACUGUAAACCUCGCCACAGAGGGGGGGUGCCCUGGCCCUGAGGUCACCCUGACUUUUUCUAAAUCCUGUUUGAGUGAAGUCAUUAUUUUUUUCAUGUGUUCAUACUAUCAUUGUAGCUGUGAAGUUCUGGUACAGUUGUAAAAAGAGAAAUCUGAGUGGUUUCUAUGUGUUCUUCACAUCCGCAGCCCACAAUUCCUCGGGAAAAGGUGACCCUUGAGAACCCGGGUCUCCUCUGUUUGCAGAGACCCGUUUCUAAUUGGGGUAGAAAAAAAAAAUUUGAGACAGAGCAUUUGCCAUGGGGCAUUUACAACCUUUAUACAAAUGUAUUUAGUUCUGUUUUUUUUUUUUUCCCAACAUAAAAUUCUUGUCUUAAGAUACAAGUAAAAUUAAUCUUUAAAUGUAAAUGUAAAUUAGUACACAAAACUAAGAAUCUUUAGACUUAUCUUUGUAACUAAUUAGGGUGGAAGUUAUGAAAGAAUGUAAUUCACUAAAUUAUUUUUUAAAUGAAACUUUUCUUUCUUUUUGAAACCAAAUGUUAAAAUAUAGCCUUAAAUGCUUGGUAGAAUAUUCUAAUGAGACAAAUUUAUACUUUUUUUUUUCCUCAACGUGAAAACUAAUCUCUUAAUCCAUUAAACUCUUGAACAGGUAUUACAAAGGAAGAAAACUUCACCCCUUAUCCUUAACAUAUAUAGUAUAUUUAAAAAAUAUAAAAUUGUAUUGUACUAAUGUGAUGAUUAUUUAAUGAAAAAAAAAGAUGGCUCUUUUUGCAAUAAGUAGAUAAAUACUGAAAAUCUAAACGUACAAUGUUUAUAGUCUUGUGUGUGCAGUUAUAUUUUCUAUGGACAACCAAAUUUUUUAUUAAGAUGAGUAAAUGUUUGAACCACUGAAAUUCAAUAACAAAAAUUUAAAAUUGGCAUGAAUACUGCACUGUGAGCUGCAAAGUAGAGAAAAAUCCUGUGGCUGGGAGAAAUUUCAUCAACCAAACAAGUAAAAGGCUCAUCAGUUUUAGCAUCUCUGCUCCCCGGAAAAUUGCAAGCAUCCUCACCAGCCUGUGGAUAAAUUCUUUCUGGUGAACCAGUAUGCAUAUUAACCUGCUAUAACUAUGUGUGUACAUGUGUGUUUGUGUGCACAUCCACACACAUAUACACAUACACAGUUAUGAAACACAUAUUUAUUGAACAUCUGUUCAGUGUCAUCAGUUUGCUAGGUGCUGAUACGUAUGUAUUUCUCUAUCUGUGUCCAUAGAUCUAAAUAUAUUCUCAAAGGACGUCUGUUUGCUCAACAUCCCUCAAUAAGUCACAGUACUUGUUUGAGGUUUGAGAGGCCCGGCACUCUCUCUGACUUUUUUCAAACAGACUCAUUUGGAAGGUUCUCUUCCCAGGAGAAAUUCAACUUUCCAACCCAAAUAUUCCAAAGCAUUGCCCAGGCAGAGUUGGUUUGAAGUGGCCACAUGUCCUGGGUUAUUUCCAUAAGUGCUUCAUUGGGAAGGAGACAGGGUUAUACUCCCCAGCUUCCCAGAGGAAAGUGACAUUUUUAUAAUUGCCAGGAAUAGGUCAACACAAUAGAACAUGAAAUAAGUUUUGUAAGUUGUGAAGCCUAUCGUGGCUUUUUCAUCAAGCCAGAAAAGAAAUACUGUGUUCUUUCACAUCCAAGUAACUUACCCGCUUCCCUGUCCUACCACCUGCUCUGACCCUGCUUGGAUAUUGAUUAGAGUGUCUGGCGGUCGGGAGCACGAGGGUGUGGCCGGCUUGUGGCAAACAGGCCGCCACCGGACCGAGCCUGACCUCUCCCAAACUCAUGCCACUGGUUCCUGGAAAGACCAGAGGAGAAAGUACAAAACUUCUCCCACUUGGAACGCACACCCCUCAUAUAAACCAGUAGGCUGAUGUCUGUCUUCCCUCUGUAAAGAAACUAACAUCUAUUCUCUGAUUCUAAGGGGGCCUUUGAAGGAUUGCCCUAGUUGUCUGCCCUUCCAUCUGGCCUUCCGCCCAGGCACUGAAGCUUCUUCCGUGGUCAUCAUACUUAAUGGCUUCUUCUGGGCACCCCUCCUAGGGAUGUUUCUUUCACUCUUGUCUCCCUCAUCUUUCCUCAAUGGAAACCCCACUCUCCCAGGGCCAGGACCC